GUCGCUGGAAAAUUUCCAAGGGGCACGAGUUUACCUAAUCAAGGUGGCAUGAAUAUGAAGAAACAGAAGUGAGAACUUCAUACAUCAUGUCCAGAACAAGUAAGCAAGAAUCAAACAAGAUAUCGUGAUGAUGUGGGCAUUGCAAGCAUACAUGCAUAUACAACACUCACAAAAAUUUCGGUGCGGUUUGUUCACAGCGUGGAACCAAUCAUUGCUGUGCAGAAGAGAGAAAAAGCAAUGGAUGAACAGAAGGGGUCCUUCAGCAAAUGAUCAAGUUUGAAUCUACAACAAAGUGAGGGUCCCACAUGUCCACCUUGUUCAAAGUUCAAACAUCCCUCGCAAACCUAUGAAUGGAUUGGAAGAUCAACAGGGAACAAUAGCAAAGAAGUGAAGAGGAAAUGAGAGAGGAGUCAAUAGGGAUAGUUAUUGGGGUUUCCAUAGGGGUAGUUAUUGGACUGGUUUUGGCAAUUUUUGCAUUCUUCUGCCACAGGUAUCAUCGGAAGCGUUCACAGAUAGGCAAUAGCAGUUCUAGAAGGGCUGCUACCAUUCCAAUCCGCGCACAUGGUGCUGAUUCUUGCACCAUUCUAUCAGACUCAACCUUAGGUCCAGAGUCACCCAUAAAGUCUGGAAGGUAUGGCCUUCCCUUCUGGCUUGAAGGGUUUAAGAAGAGUGGUAACAUGCUCCCAGCAUCUGGCCUACCUGAAUAUGCAUACAAGGAUUUGCAGAAAGCAACACAUAAUUUUACAACAGUCAUAGGACAAGGUGCAUUUGGUCCUGUUUAUAAAGCUCAGAUGUCUACUGGUGAGACUGUUGCAGUUAAAGUUCUUGCAACUAAUUCUAAGCAAGGGGAGAAAGAAUUUCACACAGAGGUCAUGUUGUUGGGAAGGUUACACCACAGAAAUCUGGUGAAUUUGGUUGGAUAUUGUGCAGAAAAGGGGCAACAUAUGCUUGUAUAUGUAUACAUGAGUAAUGGUAGCUUGGCAUCCCACUUGUAUGGUAGUGAUGUGAAUGAAGCACUGUGCUGGGAUUUGAGGGUCAACAUAGCUUUAGAUGUGGCAAAAGGCUUGGAGUAUCUUCAUGAUGGGGCAGUUCCCCCUGUAAUCCAUAGAGACAUCAAAUCUUCCAAUAUUCUGUUGGAUCAAUCCAUGCGAGCCAGGGUUGCUGAUUUUGGACUUUCAAGAGAAGAGAUGGUGGACAAACAUGCAGCAAUUAGGGGUACCUUUGGCUAUCUUGACCCUGAAUAUAUAUCUUCAGGAACAUUCACCAAGAAAAGUGAUGUAUACAGUUUUGGAGUAUUGCUCUUUGAAAUUAUAGCUGGCAGAAAUCCUCAGCAGGGUCUUAUGGAAUAUGUUGAGCUUGCAGCAAUGAACAUCGAGGGAAAAGUUGGGUGGGAAGAGAUUGUGGAUUCUCACCUUCAAGGAAACUUCCAUGUGAAGGAACUGAGUGAAGUUGCAACAGUAGCUUACAAAUGCAUCAACCGUGCACCAAAUAAACGUCCUUCCAUGAGGGACAUUGUGCAAGUAUUAACAAGGAUCCUUAAAUCAAGGCACCAUGGGAAUCAUCACAAGAGUUCCUUGUCAGCAACAGAUGAAGUUUUCAUUGAUCCUGACCAGCUAGAGACCAUGAUUUCAGUCACUGACCACCGGAGAGAAGAAUCUAAGGAUAAUCCUGCGACAGAGGUGUACGAUGAGUAGAAUGUUGUUUCAUCGUAACCUCAUUUUUUUAGUUAACUUCACCUUUUGAUUUUGGAUUUGCAUGUACAUGGUUGUAGAUUUGGUUUCUAUACGGUUGAGUAGAUGUUCCAUCUUUUU